CCCGGGCCUCUCAGAUCCUGGGCGCCCGCGGGGAGACAAGAGGGUAGCCGUGUCUGCACCUGCGGCCUGGCGCAUCUCCCGCAGGGGCCAUCGCCAGCUUCACUCCCCUUCCCACCCAGAACAAAAGGCGGGGGCGGGGGACGCAUCUUCACGCGUGACCUUCCUCCGUACUGCGCACGCGCCCACCCCCUCAUUUCCGCCCCCCUCCCCCGACACGGGGAGGGGCCCUGCUCGCCCACGAGUGCGGGAGAGGGCACCGGCGGGGGCGGGGAGGCGCAGCACGUGGGCCAAACCCCCCACCCCAUGCUGAGAAGUUAGGCGUCACCCUGUCCUUUUUGGGCUGGCUGAGAGGGGACCCCCUCAUAAGGGUCUAUCCCUCGCGGGGAGCCCGGGUGUCAGGACCAGCCCCCCCCAUUCCCGAGCAGUCACGGAGACGCCCAGCAGUGGCUGCUCUUUCUGUCCAGGACCCCCGAAGUGCUCCCUGCCUGGGGUCCCCCGAGGCCACACCAUGAAUGACCGAAACAGCCGGAGGUCAAUGAAGAAGGACUAUGAGGCCUUGGAGAUCUCCAUCCCGUUCGACGAGACACCCCACCUAGACCCACAGAUCUUUUACAGCCUGAGCCCCUCUCGGGGAAACUUCGAGGAGCCCCAGGAGCCCACAUCCCCCACAGUGGCUCUGAUGAAUGGGGUGCGUGCACAGCUGCACAUGGCCCUGGAGAGGAACUCCUGGUUGCAGAAGCGCAUCGAGGACCUGGAGGAGGAGCGGGACUUCCUGCGCUGCCAGCUGGACAAGUUCAUCUCCUCUGCCCGCAUGGAUGCAGAGGACCACUGCAGGGUGAAGCCGGGCCCUCGGCGGACCGAGGGGGACAACCGUGGCGGAGCUGUGGCUGAGGCCUCGGACCCUGAAUCUGCUGCCUCCUCGCUCAGCGGUGCGUCAGAGGAUGCUGGCACUGGCGACAGGAAACGGCUCAAGCAGAAGAACAGCGCGGGCCGCCGGCGGUUUGGGAAGCCCAAAGCCCGGGAGAGGCAGCGGGUGAAGGAUGCAGAUGGAGUCCUCUGUCGCUAUAAGAAGAUCCUGGGCACUUUCCAGAAGCUGAAGAGCAUGUCUCGGGCCUUCGAGCACCACCGCGUAGACCGCAACACGGUGGCGCUCACCACGCCCAUCGCCGAGCUGCUCAUUGUGGCCCCAGAGAAGCUGGCGGAGGUGGGUGAGUUCGAUCCCUCCAAGGAGCGCCUGCUCGAGUACUCGCGCCGCUGCUUCCUGGCGCUGGAUGACGAGACACUCAAGAAGGUGCAGGCCCUCAAGAAGAGCAAGCUGCUGCUGCCCAUCACCUAUCGCUUCAAGCGGUGAUCUCCCGGGCCGCCCCACCAGCCCCCGCCUCAGCCCAGGGGCCCGUUCUGCCCUCCCCCAGACACUGCCCCUCGCACGUCCCCACGCACAUUGCGGACUCUCCAGGGUUGGGGCGCGUCUCAUGAUCUGUUCAGCCCGUGGGGCGGCUGGCCGGCCCCACCUGCAGCUCCCCUCCCGCAUUCUGGGCCCGCCUCCGAGUUCCCAUGAGAGAGUUAUUCAGAGUUUAAAUUAAAGAGAGACGAUAAAAUUUGAA